AUGGACAAACAAGAAUUCAUUAGACAGAAAAAGAAGGAGCUUCUUCAACAACAAGAAGCGAAGAGGAAAGAGAUCCAACGAAGGAGAGAUGCUUUAAAGUCCGACUCGAUCCUUCAAAGUCAGUUCUUUGAUCAAUUGAUUUCACGAGUCCAACACCCCAACUUUUUAAGUUCUGUUGUCGACAUGGACUUAACUUCUGUAUUUGUUAAUGUUCUUAAAGACACCCAAAACCUCUCGAAAAUACAAUUUGAGUUUUUGGUCCCAUUUCUCCCGCUCAUUGCUUGGCAACUAUCUCACGUUGAUUUGUCGUGGACACUCACACAACCCCAAAACAAUCACCAACAACUCGAACAUAUCACAACUGAGAUUCUGAGGUAUUCUCAUAAGAUAGUCAGUUCAGUUGUAUCCAAGGACAUCCCCGAGAACUAUUUGGAUGGGAUUAACAAUUACAUCAUCUUCAAACAAAUUAACACCACGGUAUCGAUCUUGUGUGGAUACUCAGAGGACUUUUCAUAUGUCGAAGUAUUGAAAUUGUUUACUGAGACUGAAAAUCUGUGUUAUCCCGUGUUCGAAGUCACACAAGAAACAACAAAGAAGAUGGAGAUAGCAGUGGAGGGGGUGUUACAUGAAACCAUUCCAACGAAUUUGAAAGGAAGAAUCCCUGACGCUUAUCCACAAAUCACUUCCGACUCGUUGCGAUCGAUGUUACACGGUGCUGUAGCAGACUCUGAUGCUUUACCUGCGAAAGAGAAAGAGGAAAAGGCGAUGUCCACAUUUGACAAAUUAGUCGAGAAGAAUCAGACGAUCUUUAAUUGGGAGUUACUCUCUGUCGGGACAUUCCUGCAAUAUUGUAUAUCGAUACUUGAACACACCGAUGCUAAUGAAGACAAAUUCGAUGAAGUGCAACAAGCGCAGAGAGUCGCAACAACACUCCGAUUGGUACGAAGUGUUUUAACGUUCAUCGGUAACUUCGAGACGAUCGAACCAACAUGUGUAGGCGAUGUCGUGAGUUUAUUAAAUGUGUUAGUGACGAUGCACGAACACUUGUGCGCUGUUAUGAAUUUACACACAUACUGCGAUUACCUCUGUGAGUGCUUAUUUAGCGCGUCGGGGAUAUUGAAAAACCGGAUUGGGAAUCAAGUUGUGUAUGUGAAUAUGGAGGCGUAUAUAGCAGCACGCCUCUUUGGGUCGUUGUUCUCUAGCGAACACGACUUGAACUAUAUUGUGAAGUGCGUAGAAGACAAAAAGGAGGUCCCGUUGCCUUGUCUGUUCUCAACGGCACUCGCUUUCAUGUUCUCAAGAGACAUCUUUUCAAGACUGCAGAGUAAAAAACAGACUGUCGUCGACCCAAAUAACUACAAGAACUUUGCGAAGGGGAAUUUACAGUUAGAGGUUUACACUCAUAAAAUAGACGUCUUCGCUGUGAAUACAUUUGAUUUUCUUACGGAACUCAUUUUGAGUCCAAAUGGCGUGUUUUUGAACACACUUUUCUCACUCCUUUUGACUGCGUUUGUGGGGAUUGGAUACGAGGAAGCAAUGGAGAAGAUGAGAAUCCACAAGUUUGAAACGGACGUCGAGGAGAAAACGUACAACUCCAGUACCGUAGAUUUUGAAAUGACACGAAUAGUCCCCCUCUUCUUGGCAGUCUACAUCUUCGUCGACUCCCCGUGUAAAGCACUCAAUUUGUAUGUGAAAAAUUACUUCAAGCGUGAGCAUAUACAAGCGUUAUGGACGAUCAUUAUUGCUCAAAGUCCACAUGUCUCACUAAAUGGUGAUGGUAAUGAGCCAUUUGGGCCUUUAGUGUCUGACGCCGAAUCGAUCACAAACCUUCGUGUCUUGUUGAAGCAAAUUGUGAACAACAGAAAGAUUACAGACACUAAUAUUACGUAUUUGUUGGAGAAAAGAAGAGACGAAUAUACAUUGGUUGUGCCUGUCGAACUUGCUGUGUUCACUGCAAGACUGUGGAUACACCGUAUAGGCUAUUACCAAACCAUUCAAGGGAAAGAUGACCCCCUUGCUAUUAACGAAUGGGAGAAGUUCUUGAGCGCAUUACAGAACUUGAUAAGUACAAAAGACGAGUGGAAGGGAGAAGAGUGUGUUGGAUAUGAAACUGUUUGUUUGAUGUUAUUUAUCUUCCACAAUUUGAGUCGAGACUCGAGAAUUCUAUAUAUGAGAAAGCUCUUCAAAAUCAUACUCAACGCUCCAGUCAAAAUCAAUACGAAAGGAGUAGUUGGAUUGACUCGUGCAUUACUUAUACUUGAUUAUAUGUUACGAUACCACAACGACUUCUCUGUGGAUCUUUUAAAUGAGUUGAAGAAUGCACUUUUAAGUCGAUCUUUUGAGGAACAUGGAAGUAUGACGAAGGAUACGUGUAUCAUCCCAGCCUUCAUCGAGAAGUUGAAUUAUAAAGAUGCGCUCUUUUCAGUUGCGAUGGAAACGAAGAACAAAGUACCUCCUAUGAAUGGGUAUAUUCGAUUCUAUGGAUUCACUAAAUAUACAACUUAUGAGAAUUACUUGACUGAUUUAAGACUUGGAAUGCACUACCCUCUGGGAAGUGUUGUGAUGUUAACAGAGACUGCAGAUUAUAAUAAAGUGUACGACAGACUCUUGGGACUCUUAAGAGACUGCUCUGUCCAACAACCAACAGAUAAAUCACUUGAAACAAUCACUUUUAUACUUGGAGAAUACUUCUUUAACUCGCUGUGGAUGAUUCUGUGUUUACUGCCACCACCACAAGCGUUCAUUGAACAAUUCAAAGAUCGAAAGUUGUUCAAAACGUUACCUGUUGGCAAUCUAAUAUUACAUUACGUCAAUUGGAUGACAAAUUUGUGUUAUUUAACGAACAAACAGAAGUCGAAGUUUUAUAAGGAGGUAGACAUAUCGAAUAUCAAGUUGAAAGACCACGUCGAGAAUUUGAUUGAUAUUUUGAAACGUAUUCGAAGCGAAAAGGAGAAGGUGGGAGGACGUACCGACGCUAUUAUAGAAACGAUUGUGCACUUUUUGACAUGUGCGUCAUUGAAUGGAAAGUACUUAGAUACAUACAGACAUGAGUUGAUUCUCAGAAAAGCGAAUAACACUGAGGCACUUGCUCGAGAGAAGCUGACCCAAACAGAAGAAGACAAAAAGAAGUUUGAGACUGCAGCGAAGAACCUCCAGACGAGUGCUAAAAAGGAAGAAAAAGCUGAGAAGGAGAAAGCAAAGCAAGACUUAAAGAAUGUUUUAAAAGAGGAGAAAACGAUUAAAAAAGAAGGGAUCUUGCAUGGUAUAAAAGGACUUAAAUCUCUCAUUAAAAAAGACGCGAAAGUCACUGCAAAUGGUGAUGCCUCUGCUGAAUCUCUUGAGAAUAAAGUGCUUGCGAGUGAUGCGAGAAGGAAGAGGAAAGUGUUAAAGAAACGUGAGGAAUGGGCUGAGCCUGUGAAUUCUCCCGACAAGUUAUAUGAAAGUAUUAGUGAUGUUGUUUUCAAGCAUCUUGAAGAGUUCUAUGACAUGUGUGGGGGGUUAUUGGAAGACUACGUGAAAGCAGUGAAGACGAAUCAACUUGGUGGUGUUAUAGAUCUUGAUAGAGGAAUGAUUAUUGAUCGUUUUCGAAAGAAAGAAGUUGAUUGGAAGAGGGAUGGUAUAAUUGCUGUACUUUGUGAAGGUGUACAGAAAGAGUCACUUAAGAAAUACAUUGAAGGAAUGGUCUUAACGACUGAAACUGUUAAUUUUGUUGUCGACCGGUGGGGAUCGAAGUUAUAUUUGUGGUCGGAUGAAUUCUAUCACCCAUUACAACAUAUAUUGGACUCUGUAGUGUCAUGCCCAAUUAGACCAACUAACCACGCGUACUUCGCAACAGUCUCUUCAACGCAGAAAAUAGUAAAAAGUGUCGUGUCGUUGUCUACACUCAUUUCUAUUCAAUCGAACGCUAAACACACUUUUGAGUCGAAUAAAUUGAUGAACAAUUUACUGCAAAUUAUACCGGAUAUCGGGUUCGGAUAUACUAAAGUGCGUGCCGUCGAGUUGGCCACUAAAAUUGGAGGAGACAAGAAGGCCGAGUUGUUGAUUGCACAGUCGAAAAUAUCGCGAUGCGACGAAUACCUCAGAUUUGUUCUGAAUCAAAAAACAGUGAGUGUAGGGACUGUAGAUUGUGUGCUUGACUGCCUUUCUGUGAUGAAAAACGCGAUUGCGGAGGUCAAAAAGCAGAGUAAAAAGGUGGAUUAUUACCUUCAAAAGACCCCACAGUUUUCACAAGGUGAUUUGAAAUUGUAUUUACUUGUUGGUGGUAAGUUGCGUGAUAUGACAGUUCUUCGCCGGAUAGAAGAGUACUUACAAUUGGCUAUGAGUGGUGACGACUCGAUGAAACGGAUCUUUUCAAAGGUUCUUAAAGAAUGGAAGAAUCCCGAAUUUGGGGAGUGGUGUAUGGAGAAGAUUAUAGGGACUGAGAAGGACAACGUCUUCAUAGAAAGUGGUGAGAAGGAGGAGAAAGAGCUUUUUGAUUUCCUUGAGAGUGUAGUUGGGAGUGAUGUUGAUGUGAAGAAAGAUGUUUUACAGAAAUUAGUUGAGUCUGUGCCGUUAGUAGUGGAGAACUAUGGGAAGUAUAUCAAAAAAUACUUUACUCUAAUCUUUAGUUAUAUUGUUAAACAGAAAGAAGGAGGAAUUCUUGUGGAAGGUAUCACGAAAUGGUUUAAAAACAUUCCCAUUGAGAAGACUAAGACGUUGAAAGAGUGUAAUGCAUUCAGUGAGUUGUUAUAUAUGGUCUACAACAUGUUUUGUCAAAUCAAAGAGAGUGGAAGAAGCCAAAUGGAGAAUGACCAAUUGCCAGAAGUUGUUCCUCAGACUUUAUUGUGUUCGAAAAAUUGCCUUGGAGAGAAGAACUUUGCACAGCGGAUGUACAUGACAGUGAAUGACAAAGGAGAGAAGAUGUAUAUAUGUGAGGCAUGUCAGAAGUGUUGUUUCAAUAAUACAAAUGAGAACGAAUAUUGUGGUAUAGUCGAGAAAGUAUGUCAAUGCACUAAUUGUCGCUGUAAAACAGUCCAACAAUAUGACCCAAGACAGAAAGUGGCACUUAUGAAACAAGUGAGUGAAGAAACGGAGCGUCUCUAUGAAAUUGAUUUUGCGUGUAAGAAGAGUACCGUGAAGCUAGAUGCAGCGACUUCAAAAUCGUUUGAAAAUACACUGAUGAAGGAUACACAGCUCGGGAAGGAGAUCUUCGAGUUCUUUAGAAACAUGUCCAUUCAAUUAACAAAGGCACAAAUGGACGAAAUUGAAUAUACAAAUCCACUCUUCACAAAUCAAGAAGUCCAAUUGAGCGAUUUCAAAGGCAAAUUUUUGAUGCGAGAGUUGCUUACGAAGGAACAACUACAAAUGAACACUCGAGAAGAAGACACUGAUGACGCAUUUGUCAAUGAAACGAAUCUCUUUACAUACGAUAACAAGAAUAGAAUGUACAGAGUCGUUGAAGACACGGGAAUACUCCGUGGCACUGAAUUGGUUCCUACCGAGAAUGUCAUCAACUCGAUUAAAGCGCAUCCGACACUUGAUGGGCUUCUUUUAGUGUCGACGAAGACAACAGUUGCUCUGUUAUUGUUUAAUGAGCAAAAGUCGAUUGAAAUAGUUAGUGACGAAGAGGACGCUUUUAUUCACCGAGUGGAGUGGUUAGCGUCUAAGAAUGAGUUUGUCGUCUUCACGCACAAGUUUGUGCGAUUUGGUGUGUACAAAGAUGGAGAAGUGUAUACAGAAGAGUAUUCUAUAGACUCUAUUAUUAUGUCUGGAACAGUGUUUUGGUAUGGGGAACGGCAGUACAUUCUUGUUGUGUCCAACCAAGUUGGCGACAUCUAUAUCCAAGUCAUUGACUGUCCAUUGACAAAAGGACGCUUCAAAAUGAUUACAAAGAGUAUUAAACUGAACUUCUCGAAGCACGAAGUGAUCACUUGGAUGGAGUAUUUGGGUGAUAUUGACAGUAUUGCACUGACUUAUGAGAACGAGUGCUACAUCUGCAAAUUUGACUCGAUGACAAAUUCGGUGACGAAACAUUUUGUGUUAAAAGACUUUGAAGCCACGUCUUGGAGAAAGCUCAACUGCAGAAAUUCGUUUUAUUGUGUUUAUGGGCAAAGCACACACAACUUGUUUGGUGUCAGUUUCAAUAAAGACACAGUGGAGAAGACUAAAAUAAUGAAUAAAAAGCUUGGAGGUGUUGCUGUUGAGCCCCGAGUUGGGUAUUUAAGUGUUGGUAUCUUUAAUGAAGGUGCUGUUUCUAUCAGUUAUAUACCAGAGCCGGAGCUUGAGGAUGACAGUAUUAAAGGAGUUUCUGGUGACAUUUCACAAUUAGUCCCAAUCGAGACACGACUUGAGACUGACAAUGCAUUCAACUUAGUGAAGAACAAGAAAGUCUUUUACAAUCGACUCUUUGUGACAAAUUUGAAUGAGAAUUUCUUGAUUAAAGCAGUGAGACUUCACUUCAAAUCAGACACUGUACCUAUUAGUGUCUUGGUAGGAAGAAGACGUGUACAGAUGACAACAGCUUCGAAUAUCAUUACAGUCUUUAUGACUGACGAGGAAGUGGUCAAGACAGACCCACUGAUCGAACUCACAUUGAUUGAUUGUGUGAAUGCAGAACAUCUCCCUUAUACCUCAAAAGUCGAAGCGUUUGGUGUUUCAAAAAUAUCGAGCGGAUAUGAUGAAAUUCGAAUGAAAAUUGGACUACGAGAGAAAGACGAACAACAGCCACUGAUCAUGCCCGUCCACCACAUCUGUAAAACGUCUCUGGUGUUCUUGUUGAGGUAUUUUGAACUCAACUCCGCGCGACAGGAAAAGACUUUCUUGGACGAAGUUCUUCAAGACAUGACACAGAUGGUGUUGGACCCGACGAACGCAUACAUUCACUUACAAAUCACGCAGAUAAUAAAGUACCUGACAAGCUCGAAAAGUGAACUGAACAAGAUGAUGAGUGAGACUUUAAUACAGAGAAUGCAAGGAGUGAACUCGAAAUAUAGUUAUAAGCACUUGUCAGUCUUCUUGUUGAAGGCAAAUGCGAUUAUUAAGAAGUACCCCAGUCUGUUCACAAGUAAUGACUCGAUCAAAGGUAUUGAUAAUCUACUGGAAACAUGUCUGAAGUUCUCUGAAGACUCUGUUGAGUCACGGGACUCCUUUAUGUACCAAGCAACUAAAUUGAUGUUACAACGAAUCAAAUUGAAGGAAGUGGCUGGUGGGUUAAACAAGACGUUCAUGGACUAUGUGAAGAGCAAGAAGUAUGGGAACAUCGUUUUGAAUGCACUCUGUAAUGAAAUGACAUCACCACUUGUGUUUGCGAAAUACAAUCAAGUCAAUGUGAUGCUCGAGAUGGUCCCAAUGGCGGACUGUAAUAAAAGAAUAGUGUCUUGUUUGAUCUCACAAACAUUACUGGAAGAUGCAGACACGUUCUUAAGAGUGUGUCAACUGAUUUAUGUGUGUUUCACAGCAAAACACUUGAGCCAAGUUCCACCAGAACUCAUCAAAUCGACGGCAAAGUAUUUAGUUGGUCAAAUGAAUGAGUAUUCUAAGAAUCACCUUGUUGGUCUCCAUGCGGUGGAAUUGGUGAAGUCGUUUGUGAGGAGUUCGGACACCAAGCAGUACCAAAUCUUUUUAGAGACAUUAAAAACACUUGGUGAAACCAAUUUUGAAAAAGGCGUGUUACUCUACCCUUCACAUUACAUAGGAAAGUCGAUUGCAAACGAGUUGGAGGCAAAAAGUGUCGAAGACGUCUUACACACUGUUUUGACUGAAGAGAUCAAGGCGAUUGGAGAAGGGAAGAACGAAGUGAUAACAACACAAAGUAGUCACAGUCUACCUCUCUACAAGUCGAAAGAGAUGAAAUCUGUUGAAAUAGCAGUGGACGUGUUACAGACGUUGUUCUAUUUACAAGUUCAUUAUAAAGAAAAGAAGAUGGUCUUAUUAGAUGGUGCAAAAUGGAAAGGACUUUUAGAGGAAAUUAUCGUUCUUGAGACACAAGGAGUCAUUCCUCGUGGUGUAGUUUCAAAGGAGUUACUCUAUGAGUUGUCUGGUAGUUCCCAUUUGUAUCACCAAGCUACUGACAAGAAGAGGUAUGAGAAGAUAUUGACCCUUCUUGAUGGGAGUGAGCGUAAAGAAAUGAUCGAAACAUUAACACAAGCCUCUAAAGUUGCUCGAAAAAGACCAUCAAACUGGCAGAAAUUUGUGAGCGACAAUUCGACCAUUUUUGGUGGACUAAUGAAGUGGGCACGUUCGGAUGUUUCUGAUAUCUCCGUUCCAGCUAUUUUAUUGUAUGAGGCUUUAAUGACCACAAGUGUCAUAUAUGUCCCAUCGAGUGUACCAAAGGAGGUAACGGAGGACAAAGAAAAAGAUGGUGAAACUGACGAAAAAGAGACCCAAAUAGUGAAUGAAGAGUUAAAGACCUUUGGUCCAACACGAACGAAAUUUGCAUCGAGCAUCAUUGGAUCAAGAGGAAUAGGUGAUUUGGUCUAUAUGACUGCAUACUCCAAGACGGAAGUUGUGAGGGAGUCGUUGAUGCAUACAUUUAAGAUGUUAUACAAAGUGGGUGAACAAAGUGUUCGAAAGCGUGUCUGGGCAUUUUUCUCGAAUGUACUUGAAAAGCCGCAACUUGCUCCGAUUAGUAAGGAGUAUCUUUCUGUUAUGAAGACACUAGCACUUCUUAAUGAAAUCAAUGAGAGGGGUAUUACCAUCCCUUUUGUCUUCUAA